AUGGCUAAGGAGCUUCUCAGCGGAAUCGUGGCUGCUGCUGCUGUAACAACUGAGGGCACGUCUAUCCAGCUUGACCCCGGCGAAGUUGAGGGUUUACUCAGGUCUGUUCUCGUCCAAGGCAGUUCUUUCGCCCAGCCGCUGGCACCCUUCUGCGUCUCCAUCAUUGAACAGGCCCUAAAUCGUCUUAGCUCGAAGGCGAAGAACGCUGAGGAAACAACGGCGGAGGCGUUUUUGGCACUGCAAGACCUGGACGCGCUCGUGUGCAGCGUUGCAAGGCUUAAGGCGGAGCUAACAGCAACGCACUUGCAAGAGCCACCAGCGGCGAUAAACGAAAGGGUCAAGUUGCAGAGCGCGGGAAAGGCUUAUGCUGGAAUUCCAGAAAGUAUGAGCUCUCAGGUGAUAGAGCUUGUCCUGUCGAUAGUCGACGAACCCGAAGCCAUAACAGUGGUAAAAUACACAAGGACGUCAUCAGGGAGCACUCAGCUAAGCAGAAAAGGGGCCAAAGUUUCUGUGGAGCAAACACAGCAGCCUCUGACAGUUCCAUCGACCCCUCAAGUUGAUAUGAGUGGAAAAAGCCCCAUUGUCGUGCCACCUGUUCCAGUCGUUUUAGUCACCCCUGGGUCCACACGAAUUUCGGUUGAGAGCGGAGACCUGGAAAGCGCAGGGCAUGGCACAGCAAGUGAAGUAAGCGCCACUGCCGGCGAUGCUGCCAGGCUCUCAGCAAAUGCUAGCUCUCACCAGCAAGCUGGUGAUGAAGAAAGUUUGUCUUUACCUACAGUGGCAUUGUCUGGCCAGCAACCUUCACCGACAGUGAACAUAGUCGGCGCUGGACAGUCGGGAUGGACUAGUAUCCAAACGCGCUUUCCGUCUACUAACCAGCCCGACACUUCCCGAAUCCAUCUGCAAGGCCAUCCUGUCUCAGCAUCUCACGGAGCACAAGAGUCAAUUCAGCUUCACUUUGGGUCACCGUUCGCUAGCGUACAGGGCUACAUGUUACCUGACGGGCCUCCGACGGCCACUCAACUGAUGCGUUUUGGUGAGGCUUCGCCUGUUCAGGGAGCGCAAUCAUCCUCUUCGGCCUCCAUCGGCGUCGACAGUCGUCAGGAGGAUCAAACGUCUCCUCGCAUUCAACAAAUACCCGUCAGAUCGACUCCUGGAAGUGCAGAAAUUGUUCACACAAUAAGCCACUUGACGAGCUCACCCACGUCGGCAUCAGCAAGCUCCAGUCCUUUAGAACAGGGUCAGACAAGUGCACAUAUCACCCUAUCGCCCUCAAAGCAGGAGCCCGUCGGCGUACAUAGUACCCAAAGCAGUUCUAUUGAGCAAGAAGGCGGUCCAUGGAAUCAAACAGGCCAAACCGGUGUGCAUAUAAUGCGCUUUGGAGACGGACAAAGUGGAAUAACAUCAGGCCGACUCGCUCGAACAGUCGAUGCCGCACAGUUUACUGUUCCAGGCCUAGUUGGUACAGCUGUGCCUUUGACGAGUCUGCCCUUCUACAAUUCUCUAGGGGAAACACCAGCAUUUGGUGCGCGCUUUCAUGGAGCACAAGUGGAUUAUGCUCUUGGGAAUACAGGGACCACAAAUGACAUCUGCGUUACGGAGUCGAUGGUAUUUCCAAGUGUAAUUGCUGACAACGGCACGGAAACAAGCCCCGCUCAGUCUCUUGGAGCGCUCGCAGCCUCUGCUGUGGAACGCUGGGCACUACGGAAGGUGCACGAGGUUGUUCAUGAAUCAGUGACCCUGUUUCAUGAUACUGAAGCUAUUAAGAUGCACGCUAAGAAAUUAUUGGAGAGCCACAUUGCUAAGCUAAAAGAAGCCACCGCCCCUGCGCCAUCAUUCAAUUCCUUAACAAGCAGCGGCAUUAAGUCAUACUCUGACGAUGCUCGUCGUAUAUUCUACCAACACUUUUCUUCCCCGCAACUCUUUUCAAUGGUGAAGGAAGAUCAUGGGGCAAGCAUGAAGCUCAGGCUUCGGGCGCAGCUCCUUGAAGAGGAAGGUCAGUCGGUUUACUCGCGAGCGCCAAAGUAUGGCUUUCUCGAUGUUUGUGGCAAGGAUUGCUACAACAAGACGAACACCAAAGCGGGAGACGACCACGCCUCAUAUCCUGUGUUUUUUAUUGCGUUUAUAGUGAUGACUAGUGUCGUUUAUUCACUAGACAGCACAUUGACUCGGUUGAACAGCGCGGCUUACCGUGGACUCACACUAAGCGCCACUUUCUUCGGAGGUCUUGGCCAUCUUCCCUCUUCAUCCCAACAGGGGGCAAACGGCAAUUUCCAAGAGGCACUGGAAACUGUCUUAAACCUCUGGAAGGUUGACACGAACAAAAAGCGUGGAAAAGCGGACACCGUAGAUGAGCGUAUUGUCACAGCAAUCGAAAAAUACGCUGUGGGAUUGGAGCGCUUCGUCAACAUACUUUUCCAAUCACCACGCACACAGCACCUGUACCACCUUGCGGCUCACACAUGGGUGCAAGUGCGUGCCGUCCGCAACGCUUCCGAAGGCUUUUUGCCUGGCAAGGUAGCCAAACUUUCUAACAAAGACAAGCAAGUUGGCGCCAUAUUUUCUAAGCUCUGGUUCGAGAUGGACCUUGCAGUCCGACAGCAUGACAACUCUCUCCUCAAGCCAUUCCCUGGGAUGAUGGCGUCGUUGAUGCUCCAAGUCGCUUUCUUUCUGCACACAGUCGUUGAAGAGUUCCAAACUAAUAUUUUUAAGCGCAUGGGGGCUGCCGUGAAAUCAUUCUUCGCGGGGAUGUUCAGAAAAAACAAGAAGAUGAAAGUUCCAGGUUCUUGGGCUCAAAUUGAAGAGAGAGCUGAGGCACAGCAGAGAAGCGACCCUGCAGGGUUUCAAGGCGCCCUCCAUGCAAUCAGGCAACUUUCGAGCAUGUUUCACAAAAGGUUCCUCCAGCCACUUAUCGAUGCACAGGCGUCUUCCUCUAUUGCACCCGCAUACAUAGCCUUCAUUCACGGUAUUGUUGGGCAGUGGAUGGUUCCACAUAGUGAAAAGCUAAGCUUAAGUGAUCCACGCAUCCCCAGGGCAAAGAAGAUAUUUUACUACAACAUUUUUUCACAUCUCAGCGCCAUGCAGCGCGCUGGCGGCCUCAGAGCGUCUAUUAGAGCGAAGUGA